GACAAGACAGAGAGGCAGCACGCGAGCGACUGGGUAUGGAUGUUUGGCUCAUGGUACAACCACUAAAGCACAACGUACAACCCCAUGACGAAAAGACCAUUGCACCGACCCUAAUGAAUGAUUAAGCUUCCUCCUCCCUCUCCUCUUCGUCUCUAGAAAAUAAUGCUCUACUCACCAUCAUAUUCAUAUACUCCUUAACUACCAGUAUCAAUCUUUCUCUCUCACUGCUGCUCUGGUUGGAGCUGUUAAUUAUACCAAGAUUUGCUCCAAUUAACACAACCAUAUCUUCACCAAAGCAAUAGCAAGUGUCGGUGUCGCCAUUCUUUCUACCAAUUCUAGUUCCAUCAUGUCUGCUAAAUCCAAAUCUUCUUCUUCUGAAACGCCUCCCGCCACCAAAAUUCCGAUUAGCAAAACAUCACCGGCAACACCCAGAGUGAGUAAACUUAGCAGGGGAGUUGCCAAAUCCGAGACUGAUUCACCAUCUCCCCUCCAAACCACCAGAGCUUCCGUGGAACGUUCCCCGCGAUCUGUUCCUGUAAAGCCUGCCCUAGAUCGUCGGUCUCCAAAGACCAGCACCCUUGCAGAAAAACCAGCUCCAAGGGUGGUGGUGCCAAAGGGAUCAGAAUUACAAGCUCAAUUGAAUGCACUUCAAGAUGAUCUCAAGAAAGCCGAAGAAAAAUUGGUUUCUGUUGAGAAAGAGAAAGCAAAAGCCAUAAACGAACUGAAAGAAGCCCAGAGAUUAUCUGAGGAAACAAACGAAAAGCUCAGGGAGGCUCUUGUGGCUCAAAAGAAUGCCGAAGAGAGUAUUGAAAUAGAAAAGUUUCGUUCUGUUGAAAUGGAACAAGCAGGAAUCGAUGCUGCUCACAAGAAGGACGAACAGUGGGAAAAGGAAUUGGAAUCUGUAAAGAACCAACAUGCUGCAGAUUUGGCUGCUCUUCUUUCUGCUACUCAAGAACUUGAAAAAGUGAAACAGGAAUUGGCGAUGACAUGUGAUGCGAAAGAUCAAGCACUUACACAUGCAGAUGAUGCAACCAAGAUUGCUGAAAACCAGGUAGAAAAAGUAGAGACACUGUCUGCUGAGAUUACACGAUUGAAGGGAAUGCUCAAUUCCAAAUUCGAAUCAGAAGCAGAUCAAAGUAACAAAAUGGUGUCUGAGCUGAAUUUGGAGAUUGAAACUCUGAAAUCAGAAGCAGAACACAGUAAUAAGCUGGUGUUGGAGAUGAAAUCAGAGAUCGAGACACUCAAGUCAAAAGGUCAUGAAAAUGACAAAUUGGUUUCUGAGUUGAAAUCAGAGGUUGAAUAUCUAAAGUCAGAGGAAGACGAGCUAAAAUUAGAGAUUGAUUCUCUAAACGAAGAACUCAAGAAAGCUAAAGUAUACAAGGAGAAGUUACUCGAUAGAGAAGUGUCAUUGGAGGAACUAAACAUUGAAUUAGAAGCUGCAAAAAUGUCUGAAUCAUACGCGCGUAGCUUAAUGGAGGAAUGGAAGAGUAAAGUUGAAGAACUAGAUCUUCAAGCAGAAGAAGCCAAAAGAUUAGAAAGAUCUGCAUCUUCAUCUCUCGAGUCAGUAGUCAAAGAACUUGAAGGGCGUAAUAGUCUUUUGCGUAGCUCUGAAUCCGAACUUGCUUCUCUCAAAGAGAAAGUGGGGUUGUUGGAAAUGUCAAAUGUGAGACAACGAGGCGAUCUUGAAGAAUCUGAAAGGAAUCUUCAUAAAGCAAGGGAAGAAGCUUCUGAAAUGGUGAAGAAAGCUGAAAUUCUGAAAUCAGAGCUUGAGAAUUUGAAAGAGGAAAGAACACAGGCCUUGAACAAUGAGAAACUUGCAGCUAGCAGUGUUCAGACACUUUUAGAAGAAAAGAAUAAACUCAUAAGUGAGUUGGAAUCUUCAAAAGACGAAGAGGAAAAGAGCAAGAAAGCUCUUGAGAGUCUAGCUUCAGCUUUACAUGAAGUUUCUGCAGAAGCAAGAGAAGCUAAAGAAAAGGUGCUUUUGAAUGAGUCUGAACAUGAAAACUAUGAGAGACAAAUAGAAGAUCUGAAACAUGCACUUCAAUCGACCAAUGAGAAGUAUCAGAACAUGCUUGAUGAUGCAAAACAUGAGAUUGAUAUGCUCAUGAAUACAAUCCAACAAUCUAAAGAUAACCAUGAAAGUUUAGAGUCGGAAUGGAAAGAAAAAGAGGUGAAAUUGAUGGAAUGUGUUGAACAAAAUAAACAAGAGAAUGCUUCACUUGAAAAGGAGAUAAAGAGGUUAGCUACUUUGCUCAAGGAAACCGAAGAAGAAGCUUAUGGGUCCCAAGAAGAAAGAUCCCAGUUGAAGAAUCUUUUGAAGGAAGCUGAAUCUGAAGUUGUGUAUUUGAAGGAGGUUCUUGGUGAAGCAAAAGCCGAAAGCAUGAACUUAAAAGAGAGCUUAAUGGAUAAAGAAAACGAGUUGCAGAGUCUUGAUCAUGAAAUCAAUGAGCUUAAAACACAAGAAGCUGCAUCUCUGAAGAAGGUAGAGGAGUUGACCAGGCUGCUUGAGGAGUCAAACUCAAAGGCGAAUAAUAAGUCUUCCAAGAUUGAAGAGCACGAUGAUGUCAGCGACAGUGAGAAAGAGUAUGACAUGCUUCCAAAAGUUGUGGAGUUUUCUGAACACAAUGGUGAUGCAAGAGAUAAAGUCCCAAAAAUUGAACAAUCUGAGCAACAUCUAGUAAAAGAAAUACCACAAGAUGAUGUGGCGAUUGUGAAUGGAGAACAUCAUAAAGAGAGUCUGAGUGAGAAAGGAGACAGGAAUGGAAACGAUGAUUCCGUUGAAGUCGAAUUCAAGAUGUGGGAAAGUUGCAAGAUUGAAGGAAAGGAUUUGUCGCCUGAAAGAGAAACAACUCAUGAGGAAUCUUUUGAGGAUGAAGUGGAUUCAAAAUUGGAAAGUGGAGAAGGGUAUGAUCAGGCAAAUGGUACAGAAAAUGGUGCCACGUCACCAUCAAAGGAUCAACAGCAAGUGAAGAAGAAGAAACCUUUCAUUCGGAAAUUUGGAAGCUUGUUGAAGAAGAAAGGCUCAAGCAACAACAGCAGCCAGAAAUAGGGUGUGGGGCCAAGUAGUGAAACAGGUAUAUCUGUGUCCUUGUUU